CGAGGGCUUGCCCCACCGUGGUUGAAGUUUUUGUGCUGCGUAACCCCACCAACCCGCCUUGCCCCUCCCGCCUGCCCAUAAAAACUUCGACCCCUCCUCAAAUCUUCUUCGAUUCUUCCUCUUCACUUCCUUCGUCGGCAUACCUGAUUCAAGCAAUCACCUGCCACUUUCAAUUUUCAUUAAGCGCAAGUCGCCAGUUUCGUUCUUCAGAACACAAAUACCGUCAAAAUGGGCAAGGAGGAGAAGACCCACAUCAACGUGGUCGUUAUCGGCCACGUCGACUCCGGCAAGUCCACGACUACCGGCCACCUGAUCUACAAGUGCGGUGGUAUCGACAAGCGUACCAUCGAGAAGUUCGAGAAGGAAGCCGCUGAGCUCGGCAAGGGUUCCUUCAAGUAUGCCUGGGUGCUUGACAAGCUCAAGGCCGAGCGUGAGCGUGGUAUCACCAUCGACAUUGCCCUCUGGAAGUUCGAGACUCCCAAGUACUAUGUCACCGUCAUCGAUGCCCCCGGCCAUCGUGACUUCAUCAAGAACAUGAUCACUGGUACCUCCCAGGCCGACUGCGCUAUUCUCAUCAUUGCCGCUGGUACUGGUGAGUUCGAGGCCGGUAUCUCUAAGGAUGGCCAGACCCGUGAGCACGCUCUGCUCGCCUACACCCUGGGUGUCAAGCAGCUCAUCGUCGCCAUCAACAAGAUGGACACCACUGGGUGGUCCGAGGCUCGCUACGAGGAAAUCAUCAAGGAGACCUCCAACUUCAUCAAGAAGGUCGGCUACAACCCCAAGGCCGUUCCCUUCGUUCCCAUCUCUGGCUUCAACGGCGACAACAUGCUUGAGGUCACCACCAACGCUCCCUGGUACAAGGGCUGGAAGAAGGAGACCAAGGGCGGCGAGGUUUCUGGCAAGACCCUUCUCGACGCCAUUGACGCCAUCGAGCCCCCCAAGCGUCCCACUGAGAAGCCCCUCCGUCUUCCUCUUCAGGACGUGUACAAGAUUGGCGGUAUCGGCACCGUCCCUGUCGGCCGUAUCGAGACCGGUAUCCUCAAGCCCGGCAUGGUCGUUACCUUCGCUCCCUCCAACGUCACCACUGAAGUCAAGUCCGUCGAGAUGCACCACGAGCAGCUCGCUGAGGGUCUUCCGGGCGACAACGUUGGUUUCAACGUGAAGAACGUCUCCGUCAAGGAAAUUCGUCGUGGCAACGUCGCCGGUGACUCGAAGAACGACCCGCCCGCUGGUGCCGCUUCCUUCGAGGCUCAGGUCAUCAUUCUCAACCACCCCGGUCAGGUCGGCGCUGGCUACGCUCCCGUCCUUGACUGCCACACCGCCCACAUUGCUUGCAAGUUCGCCGAGCUCCUUGAGAAGAUCGACCGCCGUACCGGCAAGUCGGUUGAGACUUCUCCCAAGUUCAUCAAGUCUGGUGAUGCCGCCAUCGUCAAGAUGAUUCCCUCCAAGCCCAUGUGCGUUGAGGCUUUCACCGACUACCCGCCUCUCGGUCGUUUCGCCGUCCGUGACAUGCGCCAGACCGUCGCUGUCGGUGUCAUCAAGAAGGUUGAGAAGUCGACUGGUGGUGCCGGCAAGGUCACCAAGUCCGCUGCCAAGGCUGCCAAGAAAUAAACAGUUUCUUGCCGUAGCAAACAAAAAAACUCACUUCAGGGAUUCGAGGCCGCUUGGCUCUCACGCGAGAUCGCGUCGCGGUUAUAACCGCGAUGCUAUGAUUGACAUGAGCACCAGGUCGUUUUGUUAUGGGGCACAACCGAGGA